AUGAGUCAACAUGAUGAACCAAUGGAAUUGACACAAGGAUUGUUUGACAGUCACGAUGAACCCUGUGAAAGAGACAACAAAAGACAAAUGUCGAAGAAAAAAUAAUCAAAUAACACUUAGUGCAAGGGAAGACAAGGUGAUGGGAAACAAAAUGGUUACUGACCGUGACCAGUGGGCGUGGCUACACCUGCCUGUCAGGAUCAUUAAACCAGAGUUGCAGGUUUUAUUUCGUUUGGAAGCAGAAGACUUGACUCGACAAGGACAUGGACCCGUCCAGGGAUGCCCUGACUGAAGUCUUAAUCCAGUACGUCUCGGCCACCCUGCUCGACAUGUGUACGGUGAAUCGCUUUUGUGAAGGUAUGUCCGAUUGGCAGCUGCGGCGUGUAAACGAGAUCAAAACCAUAAUGGACAUCACGGAGCGAGUGGAACUGAAGCUGGGCAAGAACAUCCUCGUUUACGUAAAGAAUAAGAUAACAGCGGAGCACAGGCGAGCCGCGCUGGAGGCGGAGCUGGCGGCAGCGCUAAAGGAUGUCCCGCUUGGUAUCGGGGAACUGGAGGUCUUUGUGGAGGCGCUGGAAAGACUGGCUGCUACUUCGCAGUUCAUUUUCCGGAAUGAGGUGGUCAAACCGCCACAAGGCGUCCAGUGGUGGGAUGUGGCAGUCACUGUGGCUGCAGCGCGUCAGGCCGGACACCUUGCCGCUGAGUUGAAGCAAGAUGCCGACAUCUUCUUCACGCCUACUCUGGACAACGCAGAUGUGUUGGUGUACCUCCUUGACAAAUAUGUGCAAACUGCGCUGCAAAUGUGCCUCCUGAUGGACAAAAGCAAGCUCUCCCUCGAUGCGGUCUACAAACACAGUUUGGACAUCAGUGUGGAGCUCCCUGAGGAAUUAUCUUUAGACGAAAUGCAGAAUAUGCUUCGUCACGUUUGCCACUGCGAGCAACUCAGAAAGGACACAGACUUCCAGCUUGUGUUCCUGCUCCAGGAAGAUGCAUGUCACCGCUUUCUGGCUGAAUUCAGACAGCGUCAGCCCAGGAUGCAAGAGUUUCUAGACCAGCUGGAUCAGAGUGCCGAGGAUCAGGUCAGAAAGAACAAGGCUGUGAGGAUCUCCAACGUGGCAAACAGCUCGUUGGGCGUGGUCAGCGGCGCGCUGUCCAUUGCCGGGCUAGCGCUUAUCCCUAUCACGGCUGGUACGUCGCUAGCUCUGAGUAUGACCGGACUAGGUCUCGGUCUAGUCAGCUGGGCCAACUCUGCAGUAGCCACCAUCGUGGAUUACAAACUGGAGCAGAAGUCUUUGAAAAAGACCAGUGAGCUGAUAGAGAACUUCAUGGAGGACGCGCAGUGUCUGGAUGACGUUGCCAGCAAAACCGGGCAACUGAACGCUGCUGUCAGCGAAGUACUCUGCGAGGUGCAUGCCGUCCGAAGAGUCGGAUUGGUCCCAGACGCCACAGCUGCUUUGAAGACCCCCAAACGCAGCAAGGAGGUGGCCACUAGGGUGGGCAAGGUGGUUGUCGUGGGCGGGAAAGCGCUACGCAACGUCCACAAGGUGGUGGCGGACGCUCGGAGCAUGGGCCAAGCCGCCCUCAAGGGCUCGAUGGCCGCAUCUCGCGCCGCCAAGGCUGGACUCAUCCCGCUCAACGGACUCUUCAUUGGUAUCGAUAUUGGCAUCAUCUGUACGAACAGUGUGUCUCUAGCCAGAGGCUGCGAAACCAGAGUGUCGAACUUUCUCAGAGCCAGGAGUGCCCUGUGGCGAGCGGAGAUGGAAUCGUGGCAGAGGAUGUCAGAGUCGUUGGUGCGGGGAUUGGCAACUUUUGAAGAGAAACGGGCCGUCCUCGAGGCACCAUUUUACCAUGCUAACAAGAGGAAUGAACGGCAACGUUGUGUUACUCAGUAGCAACUCGAAAUUGGAGCUUUCAGAUUAGAAAGGGGACACAGCAUCAUCUACUGGAUAGGUGAUGCAUUACUUGAGCCUUAGUCCUACUUUUGCCUCAAAGCAGGCAGCGAAUGAUCAUGUUUCAAUGGUAUUGACACUGAAAGACUUAAGAUCUAUUUGGACAAACCUAUGCAAACAUAAAAUGCAGUUUUAAACAGUGAAAAUAUUUGCUAAGUGACCAGCUUUUUAGUUCCAUUGAUGGCAAUCGGCUGCCAUCCUCCCAGUUCUGUAGCCAUCAAUGACAGUCAACGAGGCAAUAUUAUUUAUGAUGGUGGUAGGACUCCAAGGGAUAUUUAUUAAUGUGGUCCUUAGUGGGAGAAAUAGAGCCUGCAAGGUGCUAGCACUGAAAAAAUAUGGAAGCUGAUUUCUCUAAUGGAACUACAGGGAUAAAUGUACCUGUAAUAUUCAACACUACUAAAAUAAGACUCGUGACUAGCGAACGAGUGCUAGCAAAGCAUGGGGGCACAGGAAGACUUUCCUGUCAGAGCACUCAAUUAUGAAAAAUAAUAUUGACUUUUUUGCUCUUUUGAGCUGUUGUAACCACAGGGGUUUAUUUGGUCGUGACAGUUCACCAGAGACUCGUCGUUCAUUAUUUAAAAAAAACAAACAAAAAACGUUUGGGCCAAUUGGAUUUUUUUUAUUGAUAAAGAAUUCGAAUUUGUGUUUGGUGGGUUGUUUUGGUCACCGGAUGUCCCGUUUUAGUUCUCUUCAUCUGUAAUAAAAUUUAAAAAAAAGGAAAAAUAAAACAUCUUCCGAUUUUGUCUCCUUUGCUGAUAACUUAGUAUCUUCGGCAUCUCACCUUCUUCCUCCUCGUCCUCUUCUUCAUCCUCUUCCUCCUCCUCUUCAUCAGAGCUAAAGGUUCCAUCGGGCAGGCUGUAGACGCGGAUGACUUGCUGCGAGGGGGAAAAGCCAAUCAGAGGCCGGCUUGGUUCAAACUCCUGUGUGUCUGCCUUACCUUGUUGGGGUCCUUGAGGAUGAGGUACUUGCCCUCUUCCAGCUUGCGGCAAAUGUCGAUGACGCAGCGCAGGAUGCCCCAGGCGUUCUCCAUGCUCAGGUUGAUCUGGCUGGCAA